AUGUCGAGUACCACACGUAGACUAAAUCUAAGACCAUCCACACGGCAACAAGCCCACCCCUCAUCAAUACCCAGUACUGCCCCAUCUAUCAGCAUUUCCAACGCCCCAAUCCCCCAAAGUCCUAAAAAUUUAAUAGAGAAAAUCACCCGAGGCUCAAACCUCCCCAACCUCUCACCCACGGAUCUAAAACUCCUUCGCAAAAAACAAGACCGCCUAUCUCUCGAUGCGCCAAGUACCCGCGCAUCAUUACCAGACGCGCAUCUCCAAAAUGCGCUCGCAGCCAGCCUGAUAUUUGCACAGCAUGAAGCAGGAAGCGCAGUUUGUAUAGACCCGGCAGGCUGGGUGAUUACCUGUGCCCAUUGUUUCGGCGACACGUAUGAAGACUACAGUACUUCUUCCAAAACACGCUGGCUGCUUUUUUACGACGGGCAGGCUGUUCUGGCCGAGUGCCGCGUUUGGGACGCGAAGCGGGACCUUGCUCUUCUGAAGAUCGUCGCUGCGGAGUCUGAUGCUGCAGGCGCAUAUGUGGAUGGGAGUGCUGCAAUGGGAGCUUCGUUCCCGUUUGUCACGCUUUGUCCUGGUAAAUCCACAGUAAAAACUCCGAUCAUAUGCAUCGGUCAGCCCGGAAGCGAGGAUCUGGAGUCCGCAACUGCCCGUAAAACCGAAUAUAAUCUUAUAGAAGUAUCCCGGGGUGCGUUGCGUGGUACAACACCUGGUGUAGAUCUGUGUGAUAAUUCAGAAAUUGGAACAUUAAAGCAUGAUGCCUGGACUUAUUGGGGUCAUUCGGGCGCUCCGCUUUUGCGGGUGGUGGAUGGAGGGUUGGUUGGAUUGCAUUCUUCAUGGGACGGGGAGACAGGUAUGAGGCAUGGGGUUCCAUUGGUUGCGAUUGAGUCAUUUCUGCGAGGAUGCUGUGAGGUUAUGGGAGGGGGUUCGCUUGGACAACAGACAUUGGCAAAACAGCGCAAAUUGCGAGGAGCAAAAGAAUCAAAAAAGAAUGAGAUUCGAGGGCUAAGGAAAAGAAUCAGAGGCCCUGAUGACAAGGAGGCUAUGGCCUAG